AUCAUUAACUUUUGAAAUCAAGCUGUUUAGUGUUUAGAGUGUCAGGUAAAGCUGGUGUUCAUGCCCGAUCUGCAGCGCUUCAGUUUCCCGUACCGUAGCAUGAAUUCUCCUCUCCAUCACCAUCAUCACCAUCAUUAUCACAAUUAUCAGCAGUACCAGCAGCAUCAGAACCCAGGAGGACUUGGCCAUCCCGAUUCACCCUCCGGCUUACUCCCCGAGGCUGCCGUCCUCGGAGUUCCUGACCCAACCGCUUUUUUCCUUGGAGAGCAUUCCGGACUGGGACUGGGCCCAGCUGGCGUCCCCCAAACCGCACUUGACCUUCCAGCAUCGUCCCAGACUGGGCUGCCUUACCUAAAUUUCAACCCAUCCCUCCACUGGUCCCAACCUCCUCCUCCUAUAGCCAUGGCAUUGAGAAACGACCUGGGCUCCAACAUCAGUGUCCUGAAGACCCUCAAUCUGCGGUUCCGAUGCUUUCUUGCCAAAGUGCAUGAACUCGAGAGACGCAAUAAGAUAUUGGAGUUACAGCUGCAGCAGGCUUUAGGCAGCAAUAAUGCAGGUGGGUGCUUGGAGGAUGGAAAGACCAAAGACAUUGGGGUCCAGACUGAGUUUAUUGGGCCUUUUCCUGUCUGGCCUGGGUCUCUGCCCUUCCAAAACACCAACAACUCUGCUAAACGACCCACUAGUUUGUUUGUGCCUUCUCUCACAACUGUCCUCAAACUUGAGCCCAGUAAAGCUGAUGAUGAAAGCAGAACAGACCCAAACUCCAACAGAAACCCGACCAUCACGGUUAGUCUCUCUACACCCACCACCGAAGCCGCUUCGGCCAACACCAACAACUCCAAUAACACUCCUCAUGUCAGCAGUGUUGGCACCGGGACAUCGCCUAACCCUCCUCCACGGUUCCUCCCAGGCACUAUCUGGUCCUUCAGCCACACCUGUAAACUGGGAAGCGGGUCAGAGACUCAGGUCACCAGUCCAGGAGUUUCAUGGGUCCACCCGGAUGGAGUGGGCGUCCAGAUAGAUACCAUCACCCCAGAGAUCAGAGCACUUUAUAACGUCCUGGCUAAAAUCAAAAGGGAGAGGGAUGAGUACAAGCGAAGAUGGGAAGAUGAAUACACCAUCAGAAUGGACAUGGAGCAGAGAGUCAAUGAUCUACAGGAGGACCUCCAGGAGAGCGAGGUUUGUCAGGAUGAGUUGGCCCUCAAUGUGCAACAGCUGAAAGCCGAACUUGUGCUCUUUAAAGGACUCAUGAUUAAUAACCUGUCAGAGCUGGACAGUAAAAUCCAGGAGAAAGCCAUGAAGGUGGACAUGGACAUCUGCAGACGCAUUGAUAUCACAGCUCGCCUGUGUGACGUUGCCCAACAAAGAAACUGUGAAGAUCCGAUCAAGAUCUAUAAGGUUCCCAGCCCUCAGAAUGCCAUCACCUCUCGUGCCCGUAAAAAAGCAUCUCAGCCUGUCAAUGGCAGUGAGACAGAUGAGCCAGUCAGCACCUCUGAGAGUGAUGGAGGUGGUGCGAGAGAGGAGGACGUGUGCACCCCUUCAGCCCUGCAGAUCAAUGAAGAGAUGCAGAGGAUGUUAACCCAACUGCGUGAAUGUGAGUUUGAGGAUGACUGUGAUUCUCUGGCUUGGGAAGAGACAGAGGAGACGCUGCUGCUGUGGGAGGAUUUCCCAGGAUGCACUUUAACAGCCGACACCAGUCAGGGCGAGCAGGAAGAGUGUUUGGAGGAGGUGAUUAAGGACACUGAGUGUCUAUUUAAGUCUAGGGAGAAGGAAUAUCAGGAGACUAUAGACCAGAUAGAGUUGGAGUUGGCCACAGCAAAGUCGGACAUGAACCGACACCUGCAUGAGUACAUGGAGAUAUGCAGUAUGAAGAGAGGACUGGACGUGCAGAUGGAGACCUGCAGGAGACUCAUCACCCAGAGUGGAAACAAUAAAUCCACUUCUCCCAUACCUGGAGGAGGUGCAGAUGUAAACAGAGACACAGAACGGGAUAAAUCUGAAGAGGGAGGGAGAUAA